CAUACCUUCCUUCUCCCCUCCUCUUUUCCGCCUCCACCUCACCCCUUCUCUUCACCUCGAAUCAAACACCCCCCCCCCCCCACAAUCUCUCUCCCACUGCACCCUUUUUUCUCUCUCCCCUCGCCUCCCCCACCCAGCCACUCUUCAUUUCCCUUCCCCUCGCCCGCUUCCAGACACGCUUCUUCGCGAAUCUCUGUCGCCGCUCUCGCUCGCGAUACGCACGGCCGCGCGCGUGAGGGCGAGGGUUCGGCGAGGCGGAGGACGAGGAGGAGGCAGCGGCCGCGGCGGCGAGGGAGAUGGCGGCGGGCGGUAGGGUUUCGAUUCCGGCGGGGGCGCGGCGCACGGUCACGGACAUCAAGGAGAUUGCCGGCGGGCACAGCGACGAGGAGGUCUACGCCAUGCUCCGCGAGUGCAACAUGGAUCCCAACGAGACCGCGCAGAGGCUCCUCCUCCAAGAUACCUUCCAUGAGGUGAAAAGGAAGCGUGACAAGAAAAAGGAGGGUAGCAAAGAACCAUCGGACACUCGGUGGAGACCUGCCGUGCAGGGACGAGGUGGAAAGAGUGGUCGAGGGAACUAUAUUUCACGCAAUUUGGCCAACUCUAAUGAUCCUGCUGAACGAAGUGCUAUUGCUGGAAAGGAGAAUGGAAUAAAUCAGAUCACGGAGAAAAGUAGUGGUUCUACUCCAACUAUCAAUACAAACAUGGACACCAAAACUUCUUCCUCUGCGCCAAGUUUACCAAGUGGUCUUUCCAAUGGUCCAUCUCAACUGGUUGAUCCUGCUGCGGUGGUAGUGACAAAUUCUAGUGCUGUUGGCGAUGCGAUAAAGUCUGAUUCAACAGCCUUGGUUGAUAUGAAAGGUGGUCUUCCAUCUGAGGGUGUAGUCACAGUUGUAGGUCCAAAUGCACCGCAAUCACUGAAAUCAGCAUCAGCUUCAGAUCCUGUGCUUGUAUGUUCCAUCAAUUUUCACAACUAUGGUGAUGUUGGUGCUCCCAGACAAGCUGUGGGAAGCAAGAUGUCAGUAGAACAUAAGGUGGGCCAUGAUUUACCAGCAGACAAUAAAGGUUCCUCACAACAAUCUGGCUCAUCAUCAUUUGGACGGUCUGGUAGUAGACCAUCUUCUAGCUAUAGUAGUCGGUCACAACAGUCAUUUGGAUCCCAAAAAGUUAUGCCAAAUAAAGAAUGGAAACCAAAACCAACAAGAACAACUGCUUCCCAAGCAACCGAAAAUGCUAUCAUACCUAAUGAUGUACCUUUGGCUGCUGACACGGUUCCCCAAUCAGCUCCAAUAUCAAAUUCAGUUAGCAAGGAAAAUCUGUUGAAGGUGGAGAAAAGCUUGAAUGAUCUGCAGUUAUCAGAUAAGCAGCAUGUGAUAAUUCCAGAUCACCUUCAGGUUUCUGAGUCAGAAAAAUACGGCCUUAGUUUUGGAAGCUUCAACGCCGGUUUUCAGCAGACUUUGAGCUCUUCAGAUCCUGAAUGUGCAAAGAGCUCUUUUCUACCUGAAUAUGAUUCAUUUCAGGAAUUGAGUGGCAUUGAUGAUGAGCCUCAAUCAAUGCCAAGAGAUCAAAGUUCAUCCUCUACUGCGCAAGAGGAAGCUGUCCAUGUUCCUCAGCAACUACCUUCUACAAAGCUAGAAAACUAUUCACCCUCAGCAGUGGAGAAUUCCUCUAUUUCCUCUACAGAAUUGGACCAACGUAGGGAUGAUUCAGCUACUUCGAGGCUUCCCCAAUCUACGGUAGUUCAUACUGCACCAUCUUACUCGGCAUUUGGAUUGGCACCACAAUCACAUGGGGAUCAGAUUACGAUGAUAGAAAAGUCCGAAUCUCUGGUACAGAAGCCAACUAAUUUUGCUACGAGUUACUGUAUACAAUUGUACCAACCUACAGCUGAUGCUGACGAGCUUUUGUCCCCAUCUCUUGUUGCUGAAGCUGCUAGCAAGUACGGGAGUAUUCCUGUCCUUCCUGCUCAAACUGGUCAGGAUCAAGAGGGAAAUAACUCCCCAAUGCUUGCUUCAUCUGUUUCUGCUUCAGUUGCUGCCCCAUCUGCUGGAGUUAUACCGACUUCAAUUGCUAUCCCUCAACAGUCCGUUCCUGUAUUUCGCCAAUCUUUGGGUGUUCAUCUACCACAUUUUCCAACAAAUUAUGUCCCAUAUAAUCAGUACAUUUCACCAUUUUUUAUCCCACCUCCUACACUUCACCCUUUUUUAGGCAAUGCCACAUUUCUUCAGCCACCUUCAACUGGGGCCAUGUACCCAGCUCCUGGAAGUGCAGGAGUUCUGCCUGUUAAAUACUCAGUUCCGUCAUUCAAGCCUGGUGCUAACGUUGGGAGCCAGGCAUCUGUUGGAGUUCCUGGUGCCUAUGGAACAUAUGGUUCUAGUCCAUCAGUCUACACUAAUAACACAACUGUGUCAUCUGGAAAUCCAGUGGAGAAUGUUGAUGUUGCUUCAUCUCAGUUAAAGGAGAACAUCUAUAUUGCUGGGCACCAGACUGAAGGCUCCACACUAUGGGUUCCUGCACCUGGACGUGAUAUUUCUGGUCUCCAGGCCAAUUCCUACUAUGGUCGCCCCCCUCGGGGACAGCAGGUAACAUUUGCGCCUCAAGCUGGCCAUGGUCCUUUUGGAGGGAUCUACCACCCAGCACACACUGUGACAGGAGCUGCUGUUCAUCCACUGCUCCAGCCACCACACACCAUGGCUGGGGCAGUUGAAAUAGUGGGAGCACCUGGCAGUGUUUACCAGCAGCCACAAGGUCAGAUGAAUUGGGCAAAUUACUGAUAGGUUACGACGAAGUGCUUUUUUUGAGUGUCCAUAACGAUGCAUUUGUCUGGGUGUUUCAAGUUUCAACAUGGAUGGGCUUGAUCGGGAGUGUAUAUAUGUUCUCAGCAUGGCUGACCAGCAGGGGAGGGUUGCGGAUCCCAGAAGCUUACACAUUGUUGUGGCUGCGGUUCUAUUUGUAGCAGAUACUGGCCAUGAAGUUUGGUUGAGUUUGUCUGCUCAGGUUCCUUGCUGUGGCCUUUCUAAUAUAAUUUUAGCCUCUCCUGCCCCUCCAUUUAAAAUUGCUGCAAGAAGCAUGAGUUUUUCCCCUCUUAUCUCGUGAUGUUAUAGAGAUUACUUCAAAUUAAUGAAAUCGAGCCAGUAGAUUUUCAUUCUUUCCGCUGCUUACGUGUAAAUUAAAUUUUGGUACUGCGAGAAUGUGUAACAACUGUUGUACUUGGUGUAAACAAGUGGUACAAAUACACUCAGUUGCGGACUCGCAGCUAACUACAAUUAAGUGCUUUGAAUGACUUACAGAACA